AUGUUCAAGUCGUGCGACUACUGCCGCCAUCGUAAGAAGAAAUGCGUGGUGCCACCCGCCUCAGCCCGGUGCUCCGACUGUGAGCACCUCGACCUGCCGUGCGCAUUCAGCCUCCGACUCCCCAGCCUUAAGCGGCGACAAACGUCCAAGCGGAUCGCGUCCCGCAUAAAAGCAGUCGCUUCGAAAGUUCCCGAAACCGGGGAUGACAGAGUGAAUAAUGACCAUGACGCUGAUGCGGCCAAUCUAAAGGCGGGCGAUUGCCAACUGCGGCUCGCCGGCCGGCCUGACAUGGCCAACAAGCGCCUAUUCCAGCCGAGAGAUUCCGCUGACGACCGUCAGGACGGCCCUUUGUCGAUGAGUGAGCAGUAUUGGCGAGAUGUCCAUCCGUUCUGGCCGUUCGUUACCUCGGAGAUGCUGGCGGAGGGCGAGUGUGGCCGAAAUCCUGAUUUCAAACACUGCAUCGACCUGGCUUGCCACUUGUCUUUGAACUCGAUGAGAGAGCUCGAGGAUAUUUCUCUACUCCCGGUACCACCCCAAGUUCUAUCCGGCGCUCUACUCACCAACGUCUGGAGACGCCUUGCCGGCCACUUCCACCAGCCGCUCCACCUACCAGCCCAGAUCCUCCAAAGCUACGCUGAAACACUCGAUCCGGCCACCUUUGGCCACCAUUACCUCCGCCUCUCAAGGCACGCCGCCGAGUUCGACCAGCGCCGCAUGGCCAUGGAAGUGGAGGGCGUCAAGGUCGACACUGCGUCGGCCUGGUCGAAGCUGGAGUAUGAGUGUCUCCUCUGGCAGGUCUGCUUGGAACCGUCGCUUCUGGACACCCGCGAUGACCUCCCGGCUACCCCCAAGUCGGUCGUCAUCCACUGUUUAUCGAGCCUCCUUCUGCUAUCAUUUUACAGCUACGUCCUCGAACGCACAGACACCUUGGGCAGGCUGAUAGCCCUACGACCCGUCCCGGGCGUCUUGCUCUUUCUCUGCACCCUCGCUCGCAGCACGUUCAUUUGCCCCCGGCAAUUACUCGACCGCAUGUCGCUGCUCGUCAGCAUUCAGGCCCAAACUGCGCGCAUCAUGUUACGGCUCUGGCACCAGACUGGCUUCGAGAAUUUUCGGGCCAUUUUGAAUCUCUGGGAGAAUCCCGGCGGCCGUUUUCCAGAUCUGGCUCGGCAGGUUCGCGAGGAGAUUGGGUUCGGGCCCUGGGCGGUUGAUGAGAUUGAUGGCUAUUCGGUAUUUUGGACGUUUAGGGACCUACGGACGUUGACGACCAAGUUCAUCUUUGCCGGUCACCUGUAA